GAAAAUCCUAAAAUGGGGGUCCAAGUAGGGCUGGAAGAAAGUUGUCAGUCAUUUGGGUCCAAAUCCAAAUUCCAGUUGACAUCACGCGGUAUACUCGAACUGAACCCCCUAUAUCAAGUACGUUUUAAUAUAUUUUUUUUAAGAGAUUUUUCACGAUGAAGCAAUUUGCACUGACGACCUGCAUCCGCCGUAUCUGGAUCAUGUCCGGUUGGUUGCGCCAGGAGGCGGCCAUUGCAGCUGGCAUGUUGGUGGUGCAGCGUCAUCAGGUGGAGUUGAGGGAGGACGCGGAUGUCAAGGUCGAGCAGCAGGUGGCAGCCAGUGGUGGCGAGGUGGGAGUCGACUCUGAAGGAAAACUCCGGCGAGUGCGCAUGCUGGACGAUUACAUUCUGCCCUUUGAAUGCGGGCUAUGAUUCUUGAACCGUACCUCCCGUUCUUCUGUCUGGUUUCGCGCUUUGGCUGGGGUCUUGAGUUAUUUUCGCCUUUUAGAGAACUUUGCUGCCCGCGUUUUGGGAGUUCAAAACCGUAACGUAGAGGGCCUUACCGGGGAAACCACCUGUCCAAAUUUUGGUCUGACCCUCGCAAUUGUCACUGAGACCAAUGGAGUCCUAUUCUUCACUAGGAUGGACAACAGAAUAAAUAUUUCAAUCAAAAAAUAGUUUCAUACACCAAAAUUAUAGACGAAUAUGUCAAACUCAGUUUAUGCAAAAUUUUUCUCGAAAAAUAGUUGGAGUUCAUGACUACAUUAUUGCGAAUUUACAAUUAAACAAUACAGGUGUCUAAAUCCAAAAUCUAAA